AUGGUAAAAGCAAGUAGACAGGAUUGGUCUCAAAAGCUUGAUGAUGCCUUGUUGGCAUAUCGGACAGCUUUUAAAACACCUAUUGGGAUGUUACCAUAUCAACUAGUAUAUGGAAAAGCAUGCCAUUUGAUGAUUGAACUGGAACAUAAGGCUUUGUGGGAACUUAAAAAGUUUAAUUUAAAUUGGAAGGAUACAUCAGAGCUAAGACUGGAGCAGCUGAAUGAGAUGAAUGAAUUCAUUCUUGGGGAUUAUGAAAGAGCGAACCUUUACAAGGAAAGAAUGAAGAAAUACCAUGAUCAGAGGAUUGAAAAAUGA